UCUCUCUCUCUCUCUCUCUAAUAUUGCAAUUAUUUCAUCUCGAGAUCUAUUACUCCAGAUAGCCACUUCUGCAUCUCCGCCGCCACGCCAUGGCGGGAGAAGGAUCUCCUCCGACCAAUCCGCCGCCGGCGAAACGCCAAAAGAAAUCGAGCGCGACCACCGCCGCCUCCCUCGGCUUCGACGUCCUGCUCGACAUCUUCAUGCGCCUCCCCUCCCUCGCCACGCUCGUCCGGGCCGCCCACACCUGCCGCGCGUGGCGCCGCGCGGUGGCCUCCUCCCGGGACUUCCGCCGCCGCUUCCGGGAGACGCACCCGGCGCCCCUGCUCGGCCUCUUCUUCGACCCUCCCGGCGCCGCCCAGGUCCCUGCUCUCCCCGUCUUCCCCUCCUUCGCCCCCUCCCGCGGCGCCGACAGGGACCAGGCCGCCGCCGUCCGUGGCGGCGACUUCUUCCUUACCUCCCUCCAGGAGCGCCCGGGCGGCCUCCACGGCUGGCACAUCCACGACUGCCGUGGCGGGUACAUCCUCGUCGGUAACAGUGAGAAGAAAACAAUGGCAGUACUGAACCCCAUGGCGCGACGAAGCGAAAGGUUCCUUGAUCUUGGCCAUGACCAUCAUGUGGACACCCUUCAUGGUACGCGCGGCUUCCCCCUUGUGUCCCACGACACUUGCCACCUCUGCUGCUCCAACUCCGAGGUGUCCCUCGACGGCCGCUUGCUCUGCUCCGAGGAAGACCCCAUGUCGUUCCGCGUGGUCACUGUUGCCCACGACAAGCCGUCCAGCAGGGUACAAGCGACGGUCUUCUCCUCUCGGACACCGGCGAGUGAUCCGUUCAUCCCUGGGUGGAUGUCCCGCUGACACCACUGCCAGAGGGCUUCAAGCUGUGGCCUCUCAACAGCAACAUUCAGGCGAACGGGAUGCUGUGUUGGGCUUACAACGAUCUGACACAGAUGCUCACACUUGACACGGCGACAAUGGAGUUCUCGGUGGCCGAGCUCCCUCGAUGCGUGAAGGCACUGGACUGCAGCUUCGUUGUUGGCGAGACGAUCAACGGCACGCCCUGUGUUGUCUAUACUAUGAAGUUCAGAGUCUGCCUGUUCUUGCAGACAUUGGACGGUGAUGGUGUCAAGAGGUGGGCAAGGGACAAGGCCACCUCCUUAGACCCACAACUUGAUGGGGUCCUGGGAAAACUGAAGGGCAGGUACAGCGAGCUCAAGGUUGUGGCAGUCAGGGAUGGGUUUGCAUACUUGGCAACAUCGAUGAAGUACCGUUCCGACAUGAUCCCGAGCUGGGUGUUGUCCCUCUGCUUGGAAACGAUGCAGUUGGAGAAGAUGUUUCAGAGGCCUUAUGAGUGUUGUGUGCACCCCUAUGUUAUGUCAUGGCCUCUUUCAUUAGUUGGUAACUACGGUUGUUUCGCCCUCAGAGAUGGCCCAUGAACUAUCCCUCCAUAGAAGCCACUGUAAAGCUUGCUAGUUCAGUUUACACGCAGUGCAUGUGGCGAAAGCAUCAAUUGUUUGGUAAACAGAGAAGCCUAUGAAAGAGGAAUAAUUAUUCUUCAGAUAAACUCAUUCUGUGUGUUUAUUUAUGUGCAACUUUCAACCAGCAGAGUAGCCGUUUUCAAAUUUGUUAAUGGGAAUUCAGUUGAAAUCUA